AUGUUGCCUCCGUUCAUAAAAAUUAAAUUCUCGAAUCUCGGUCCACUUAGUUGCUCGAAACUGUGGCCAAAAGAAAGACUUUCCAUGGAGCAGAUUCGAUUGGUUGAGACCUCGCCAUCGGCAUUCUUGAUGAUUGAUAAUGGAACAGAUAUUUCCACCCAGACAGAUUUCUGUAGUAUUAACACAUCUACUCAAACAGAGACUGAUCCAUUGAAAUCAUUCUAUGAAAUCAUGACACAAAUGAAAACUGUUGACGUCAAAAAUCCAUCGGGAAACAGCCAGGCUCGCCUCAUCCAGAUGAUCAAAAACAUCCUCAUCCAAGUGAACAACUUCAAGUCACAAUUAGGAGCAUUUGCUCGCCUCACUGUGUUUCGCAAUGUGAACAAACUUGUGGCUGCGUUGUUGGGUGUCGCCGAGUCCACUGUGAUUCGAUACAAUAAGAAGACUGUCGCCGAUGUCAAAGAAAAGCGAGUUGAAACAAGAAAAAUGCGAAAUGCAAAGGCUUUGGAACUUUUGAGUGAUGAUGAAAAGAGGCUCAUUUCCGAGCACAUCGAAAAGUGCUACAUCGAGGAUUCCAACUUCUCGGUGCACUCUCUUCACUCAGAUCUCCAAAAUUUGUACGACUAUCCGUACUCUCCAUCAACGCUCUAUCGACAGCUGAAAGCUAUGAGAUUUAGCUACAAAAUUAAGACUUAUAAUCCUUUCAGUACUGUUCGAGAAGAGAUCGUUGAAUGGCGAGCUCGAUAUUUGCAAACAAUGGAGGAACUCAGAGCACAGGGAGCAUACAUCUGUUAUUACGAUGAAACAUGGCUAUACCAUGGGAUGACUAAAACUCGGGGAUGGAAUCGAACAGAUACAUCACCAUAUCUCAUUGCAAAUUUGGGGGAUUUGAGUAAACCUCGACCAGGAUUCACUGCCUCCAGUGACAAGGGACAACGGGCAAUCGUUCUUGCAGUCACUACGGAAUCCGAAAUCCUUCCAGGAUCCAUCGACGUCGUGAUUCCAAACCGUCCGAAGGCCGAGGUGUUAGUCGAUUACCACCAGUACAUGUCAUCCGACUUGUACACGCAGUACAUGGAAAAAGUUCUUCCGUUGAUCGUCAAAGCAACUCCAGCCGGCCGUCAAGCAGUUCUCGUAAUCGAUAAUGCGUCGAUUCACAACACAUUAGUCGAGACGCUUCCCACCAAAAGCUCCAACAAAUCUGAACUUCUCGCAUUUCUAGAAAAGUAUCAAGUUGACACUGCUGCGGGUGCCACAAAUAAGGAAUUGUGGGAAGAAGUUCAAAUUGUUAUGGAGGCUAGAGGUGGAAGAGAUGCUCUCAAACGCUAUCUGACAGAUGAAUAUGCGGCGACUCUUGGUGUCCUGAUUGUACGACUUCCACCUUAUCACUGUCAGUUUUCUCCAAUCGAACUGGUUUGGAACCAACUGAAAAGUCAUCUUCGAACUGCUGGGAAGACAAGUGAUAAGCUGGAAGUCGUUGCGGAACGGGCUAAGACAUGGCUACGAAAUACGAAUGAAGCGCAAAUGGCGUGGACGUAUGAGCAUGUACUUGACAUUGAAGAGGGAAUCAAACUUGUCAUGGAUGAAGAUGACGAAAGCUGGGAGUGGGACGACGACGAAUCGGAUAUGUGA